AUGGUACCCAAUAAAUCUGUCUUGGAUAAAAUUGAAGGAUAUGAUAAAACACAAUUGGUUUCACUUGAUAAAGCAAUUGAACCACUUGCAUCUCUUAUGCCUGAUAUUAAAGAAAGAGUUCAAAUAGCCAAAGAAAAUUCUAUAGCACCUGCAGAUGAUCUGUCAUCGGAUGAAUCAGCAUCGAUUUGUCUUUAUUCACAAGAAUGGAAACCAUCUGAACGUUGUCUUUAUUAUAAACUUAAUGCAGCUUUACGUGAACAAAUACGAGAAAACAUUCAACCAUGGCUUUCAUUUCUUAGACUUCUCGUAAAAGCAGUUAAUCAUUUACCAUCGAAACACGAAUAUGUUUAUCGUGGUGUUAAACAAGAUUUACAUAAUGAUUAUCCAGCAGGUAAAAAAUUUAUCUGGUGGGGAUUUACAUCAUGUACAACUACUAUUGAUGUUCUACAACCAGAAAAGUUUCUUGGUAUGACAGGCCCAAGAACAUUGUUUACUAUUGAAUGUUUCAAUGGAAAAGAUAUAAGUAAACAUUCUUGUUUUACUUCAGAAAAUGAAAUACUUCUGGUAGCUGGAACAGAAUUUGAAGUUAUUGCAUGCCUUGAUAAUGGUGGUGAUUAUCAUACAAUUCAAUUGAAAGAAAUUCCAUCGAUAUCACCACGGCCGCCACCACCUCCAUUACCACUACCAAAACCACCUUCAUUACCGCUACCAACACCACCAUCAACACCAAGAUCAGGUGAUACUCAAAAACUAAUUGACUUAAUUUUAAAAUUUAAACCACGAACAGAUGUGUAUUUAUUUGGUAGAACAUUGGUUGAAAAAGACAUGGAUAUUAUCGUUCAAUAUGCAAUUAUUGAGAGACAAUGUACAGGUCUUUAUUUAAAAGAAACUAAUCUUACAUCAAAAUGCCUUACUGUACUUGCAAAAGCUUUAUAUAAUAAUACAACAUUAAACGGAUUAUAUCUUUCUAAUAAUCAUACAGGUGAUGAAGGUAUAAAAUCUCUAGCAACAGCAUUAUGUAUGAAUAAUAAUAGAACAUUACAAUGUCUUACUCUUGGUCGUAAUUCUAUAUCAAAUGAAGGUGCUCAAUAUCUUGCUGAAAUGUUAAAAAGAAAUCGAACAUUAAAAGAACUUUGGUUAUCAGAUAAUCCUAUUGGUGAUCAAGGUGUACAGGCAUUAACAGAAGCACUUAUCCAUAAUAAUCAAACACUUGAAAUUCUAUCAAUCGGAUGGGAUAAAUCAAUUUGUGAUUCAAGUGUUGAUGCAUUAGUAGAUAUGUUAAUGAAAAAUCGAUCAUUAAAAAAAGUUGAUCUAGUUAGUUGUAAACUAUCUAGAAUGGAUAAAACACGACUUCGCGAAGCAGUUAAGUCGAAAAAAACUAUUGAACUUCAGAUUUAA